AUGGUCGUUCGGGAUAUUCGUACUCGGUGGAACUACACCCAUGCAAUGAUCCGACGAGCACAGAAGUUGCGCAACCCUAUUGAUGAGUGGGUGAUUGAAACGAAGGAGACACGGGACAUAAUCCUCGGAGAUGACGACUGGGAUGAACUUUCACAUAUUGCAGAUAUAUUGGAGGUGAGUGUGCAAACUCUCACAUGUCACUGCUGGUACUGA